UGCUUUUACACAACACUUGAUUCCACUUCUCCUCCUAUAUAUACCCUCCCUCUUCUUAAAACCCACUAAAUCAUUCUACACCUCUCUCUCUCUCUCUCUCUCGAUCUCUCCCGAAUCUCUCUCCAUCUCUCCCAAAUCUCUCCCUAAUAUCUCUCUCCAAAUACAUCAGAAAUGGACGGAAGUUGCCUAGAUGAAAGCACAAGCACCGAAACAUUAUCUACAACACUAACAGCAUCUAUAUUCACAUCUUCACCAACCCUCUUCCCAAAAUCACCCGAAAGCUUGUGCAGAAUGGGAAGCGGAACAAGCAUAAUCCUUGACUCAGAGUCCGGCAUAGAAGCCGAGUCAAGAAAGCUCCCUUCCUCAAAGUACAAAGGCGUGGUUCCCCAGCCUAAUGGCCGCUGGGGCGCCCAAAUCUACGAAAAACACCAACGCGUCUGGCUCGGCACGUUCAACGAGGAGCACGAAGCAGCCAAGGCUUACGACAUAGCCGCUCAGCGUUUUCGAGGCCGCGACGCGGUCACGAACUUCAAGCUCUUGUCCCAAGACGACGACGUCGAGAUCAUGUUCCUCGACGCGCACUCCAAAGCCGAGAUUGUGGAUAUGCUGAGGAAACACACUUAUAUUGAUGAGCUAGAGCAGAGCAAAAAAACAAACGGGUACAAGAAAAGAAUGGACAAAAAUGACCCUAGUGUUAAGUCUAUGGAUCGUUUGUUUGAAAAAACAGUGACACCAAGUGAUGUUGGCAAGCUAAACAGGCUGGUGAUUCCUAAACAGCACGCCGAAAAGCACUUUCCGUUACAGAACGGGAAUACCUCGAAAGGCGUGCUGUUAAAUUUUGAGGAUUUUGGUGGGAAAGUGUGGAGGUUUCGGUACUCUUAUUGGAAUAGUAGUCAGAGCUAUGUGUUGACCAAGGGUUGGAGUCGGUUUGUCAAGGAGAAGGGAUUGAAUGCUGGUGACAUUGUCAGUUUUCAGCGAUCGAAUGGCGUGGAUAAGCAGUUGUAUAUAGAUUGGAAACCGCGGGACGGGGCGGAUUCGGGUAUUCGUGUCGGGUCUGAUUUUGCCCCGAUUCAACCUGUCCCGAUGGUGCGGUUGUUCGGGGUGAAUAUAUUUAAAGUACCCGAAGACGGUGUCGAUGGUAACGGAAAGAGAGCGAGAGAGAUGGAGCUCUUUCAAGUUCCUAAUAAUAACAAGAAACACAAGGACCGUUAAAAUCUUGUAUUAGUAUUAGUUCUGUUAUUACCGCGAUAGUCAAAUGUCUGCUUGUUAUCUAGACCGUAAUCUUGAUAUUUUGGAUCAGGCAAAGUUUAGUGCAAAUUAGAGCCAAGUGUAUUAAUAUCGUGUUUUUUUUGUUGGCGUUGCAAGUUGCAAGAAAUGAUGAAUGUGAGGUGAUAGACAAAAGAACAGCUGAAGAGAGCUGUUCAAACUUAGGUGGAACAUUGUCAUAAAAAGGAGGAAAAUAAUGUCAAUUUGUUCUGUUCAAACUUUGGGGAUUGUUUUAUACAUA